GAAAAGCACCACUGAUAGAAAAAAGCUUUCAUUCCGUCGCUAGCCAGCACACAGCUGUGGAAGUGGUCUAGUCAUUCUCUCUAAUAUCUUAUUUGCGACCCAUAAUCAACACGGACUCGGAGUCUAGACGGCGCUUUAAAGAAUAUGCCCAAGAAUAAAGGUAAAGGAGGUAAGAACCGUCGUCGUGGUAAGAACGAGAAUGAGUCUGAGAAGAGAGAGUUGGUUUUCAAGGAGGAUGGCCAAGAAUAUGCUCAGGUGAUUAAGAUGUUGGGCAAUGGCAGGUUGGAGGCAAUGUGCUUCGAUGGGGUGAAGAGGCUCUGUCACAUCCGGGGAAAGCUCCGGAAAAAGGUUUGGAUUAACACGUCGGAUAUCAUUCUGGUUGGAUUAAGAGACUAUCAGGACAACAAGGCUGACGUCAUCUUAAAGUACAAUGCCGAUGAGGCUAGAAGUCUGAAAGCCUACGGAGAGCUUCCAGAGCAUGCCAAAAUCAACGAGACGGAUACAUUUGGAAAUGGAGAUGAGGAUGACAUCAUGUUUGAUGACAUUGGUGAUGAUGACGAGGACAUUGAUGAUAUCUAAGCAGUGCCGCGGUGAGGAGAAUGGUAAUGUGUUGUCCGGUCUGGAGAGAUCGGACCCCAUGUCCCCCCUGGACCCCACCCCACCCCCCUUUGGAGUGUUGUCUUCUCCUCUAUGGCCAGGUGGCAACGCGUGCGUUAGGAUUGUGUCACUACUAACAUGACUGCAACAGCAGGCUCAACCCAGUAUAAUUUUGUUAUGUAUUUAUAUUAAUUUCACUCUCAAAUGUGGAAUUUAGUUCAGAAUCUCUGGAUUCGCAAUAAAAGAAAAAGAUGAACCAUUUUAUAUUUGGUCUGGAAGUCUGAAUCAUUGUAGAAGUUUUUUUUUCUUUUCCGGUCGACCCGUGACUUUCCUACCGCCUGAGAGUUUAGUUGGUAAGAAAUGUUUCUUCAAGAACAGUUUUAUGCCGCUAAAGGUGACUCCAGUCUCAUUUUGAAUGUUAAUUUCCUACUCAAGCUUUUUAUUUUCUGAUAUCACAAUGCGGUAUCCUCUGCAUUGAAUGCAAAAAAUGAAAUGAAAGAAUAAAAAAUGCCUACACACGCACUCACACACCAAAUUUAAGAGCAAGCUUGUCUCGGGCAAAGUCGACACUGGGACACCAGUUUAUCUGUAUUUUUCUAUUUGACGACCUCAUUAUGUUUUGUGUCUUGUUAUAGAUGAUUAAGAAACAAACAGAAAAGAUCUCUGCAAAGCAGCUGCUUUUAUUAAAAUUUAAGAAAAUGCCUGUCCGAGCCUAUAUCUGUUUCUGUAUAGCGGUCGUGUUUCAUUUGAAGUAUUGUAAAAUGCUGUCUUUAUGGAUUGAGGGAUGUUGAAUAAAAAAAUACCAAUUCCAA